AUGGCGGCGGCCGUGAGGGGAAGGGCGCGCGCGCGCGCUCCCGUUGCCAUGGGCACCGCAUCGGGCCCGCAGCGGGAGCCGGGGCCGCAGCUCCGCUCCCGCCGCUGCCCAGCAGGAAACGGGGACAGCCGGGGACACCCUCCCGGUGCCCUCGGGAACGCGGCUCGGGUAGGCCGGGGGAGUUUGCUUGAGGCUGAGAAUGAGCAGCUGCAGGAUCAGCUCCGGGAGAUCCGGGAUGAGAACUGCAGGCUCCACAAACUGACAGCAGAGCAAGAAUUUGAAAUAAAGGAGCUCCAGAAAAGAGUACGGGAGGAGAGGUUGGCUCUGUCAGGGGUGUCUGGUUUUGCUGGAGACGUGGCUGCCACUAAAAUAGUUGAGUUGGCCAAAAAGAACCGGGAGGUGACUGCUGAGUUUGAGAGUGAGAGAGCCAAAGUGAAGCAGCUGAAUCACAGAGUCAAGGAGCUGGAGAGAGAACUACAGGCAGCUGCAGAAAAAAUCCAUUCCCUUGGUGGUGAUGCUGCAGGAAUCAAGGAAUCACCUCUGAAAAAGCUGGAAGGAGACUUGGCUGAAAAUCCAGAGGUGAAAGCACUGCAAGAAAAAUUGAGUGCAGCCAACAUAAAAGUGACAGAAUAUCGGAACCAGCUCCAGAAUUUGAAACAGGAACUGAAGCUGACACAAAAGAUUUUAGCCAAAGAAGUUGGGGAAGAUGUGAAUAUCCAAAGUCUCUUGACCAAUUCUGGCAACUGGCGUGGACGAGCUCAGCAAAUUCUCCUUCUGCAAACCAAGGUUCACGAGCUGGAGCAUAAACUGAAUCACCAAAAGAUCAGAGCUUCACUGCUUGAGAUGGAUGAGGGAUUGCUGGGAUUUCCUGAUCCAAGGAAGUUGUCAGUCCAAGAGAAGAACUUGCUGAAGAUUCGCAGCUUGGAAAAAGAAAAGAAGGAAUCUUUGGAGAAACUCUCUGAGCAACACAACGCUCUCCAAAAAAACCAUGAAGAAUUGAAAAAAAAACUUGAUGCCUCAAAAGCCAGGAACCAAAUGCUGAGUGGAGAAGUGAAGAUGCUGAAGGGACAGAUUGGAACCUUGCUGGAGAAAGGGAAACAUGAUGAUGAGCUCAUACAUGCCUUACUGAGCCAGCAGAAGCAAACGCAGGAGAUCUUAAAGGGCCUGAGCCAGAAGGAGGAUGAGAACAAGGAGUCUCAGCAGAUGAUGGGGCACCACUUGAAGCGUGAGAUUCAGAAACAAAGCACCCAGAUAGAUGAGCUCAGGGUGUUGGUGGCUGACAGAGAAGCAAAGGUUAAAAUUCUGGAGGAGAAGAUUGGACAGCUCACACAUCAGAACAUGUCAGGAGCUGCUCAUCCAGCGCACUCUGAGCACUCAGGAUCACUUGAGGGGUCAGGCAGCAGCAAGGCUGGAAGGACAGAAUGGUAAGAAGAUGCCUGCACAGUGUCCGCGAUGGGCCACGUGCUCGUGGAGUCAGCAGCCACAGAGCCUUUCUUCCUCAACCCACCUGGAAGGUCUGCUGGCACGGACAGCUUGAGCUGGGAAGCACUGCUGGGAGAGAUCAUAACGCAGAGGGCUCUGUGCCAGGCUGCUGAAGUGGAGAGGGAAAAGCUCCUGGAGCUGGUGGCUGUGCUGCAGAAACAGGUGAAGAAAAGCAGCGACAAAGUCUUGGGAGCUGAGAAGAAGCUCCAGGAAGAGCAGUGGCAGAGUGACAGCCUGGAACAGCAGUUUGAAAAGCUGCAGGUGGAUCCAGGGAGCAGCACAACUGCCCCGAGGAGCAGAAAAGCCCAGCCCAGCCAUGUGAGUGACGGAGAGGAGCUCUGUGCGUCCCUGUCCGAGCUGCUCCUGGAAUCUCAGGUGGAGGAGGUUUUUCCUUUUGUUUCCUUCCAGAUGGAUGCGAACAAAAGUCUGAAGGCUGCUCUGAUGGAGACUGUGAGAGCCAAAGAGGAUGAUUUGAAACUGUAUCCAAGUGACAAUGGACAAAGUGAGGGCUAGUUUUGCAGACUGUUCAGCACCAUACACCAGAGGAGAGUUAAUCCAGAUAUUCCCAGUCCUUUGGGCUGCAGAGCAGGGAGAGAGCCCAGGCACCAGUGGCAUUUUGCAGCCUCAGAUCGUGUCAUUCCUUUAGCAUUUGCAGGAGAGGAUGAGAAGCAGAGAUGAAAUACAAAAUGUGAAGGUUUUAUGUGUCAGCACUUUCUGUCUCUGAGGCUUGGCAAGCAGGGCUGGUGGGUGUAGUUUGGGAAGCUGCA